CAAGCUAAUCUGGCUCCAUUGUCCAGUUCACACACAUGGGAAAAAACACACCGGCUAAUUUCACUUAUCAAUUAUACAUCAGGCGUUAAGCUCACAGCAGCUCUACAAAGAAUUUAACAAUCUACAAAAUGGCCAGCCAAGAGGAAUUUGAUAAAGCCGCUGAAAAUGUAAAGAAUCUAAACUCUACACCAUCCGAUAAUGAUUUAUUGGAACUUUACAGUUUAUUUAAACAGGCUACUGUAGGAGAUUGCAAUACAGAUAAGCCUGGUUUCUUGGACUUCAAGGGCAAAGCUAAGUGGGAAGCAUGGAACACUCGCAAAGGCACAUCCCAGGAUGAAGCCAAAACUGCUUAUGUGGAGAAGGUUAAGGCUUUAGUAGAAACUCAUGGGCUAAAAGCCUAAGAAUAUUAUAUACUAAUAUACAUCUGAAAUUUAGAACCAAAAAAUAUGCAAAAUAUUGCAUAGCAGUUUAAUCAUUUUAGCAAUAUUGUAUUUGCUAUAAAUUGGUAUUUAAAUCUUGCAAAUAUUAUAAACUCUAAGAAAAAAGCCGUCUAUUUUCAAACGCACUUUAAUGCACAAUUUUUUAUAGAUUAUUAACAUGAAAAUAGAUUUAUAAAUCUUUGUAUUCUUUAGUAAAUUAUAA